AUGUUCGCCAUCGCGCACAAUUCGAUUCUCAGAGAUUCCCUCGCGGGGAUCCUCCAACUCGGUCCCGAAAGGGUCUUCGAUGAGUACAGACCACCACCGUUCACCGGUCAGUUUUUGAAGUACCAACUCGGUAAACAUCUGAAACUUUUAAGCUAAAGUUGGGCAUAAGUUGCUGAAGUUAGGGUCACUGUAUUUCAUUGCAAGUUUCCAGGCCACAUUGUCGUCGGCGUCGAAGAGUUGCGUGACUCGAAUCUCCGUUUCGCCAUCAGAUACUUUCUCGCAAAUGUCGAGAAGAGCAUCUCUCUGUUCAUCGUGAAACCGGAGUGGAGCGAGACGGACGAGCGGUUCUUCGACGAUCUCGUGAAGACGGAGUACCGCAGAGCGCACGAUCUCAACCAGACCGCCAUCGAUCGUGUUCAGUGAGUGUUUUAAUUUAAUCCUCGCCGCUUUCCAAUGAUAUUGUGUUAUUCAGAAAAUUGCCGCAGACGGAGUGGAAGGAGCAGAGACUGGAGCAACUGAACGAGUGGAGGACGAUUCCGACGAUCAACUACAGUCUGCUGACGCUCAACGACAACUUAAAGGCCGAAAUCGACGCGCUCGCCAGAAUCACACCGUGCGCGAUUUCGGAUGACGAGGAGCAGCUGACGAGCAAGCCACCGGUGCUGCACUGGACGAUCGACCCGCUCGAGGGAGAGAUCCAGUUCAUCGCGCAGCUGAAUUUCCCGCUCGCCGGGCCGGACGAGUCGACGUUCCGCGAGAUGUGCCGUUCGCUGAAGCCGCACUUUGAGAGCUGCUACGAGUGGACGGGCGGCGUUUUGUGCACGAGCGAUCCGGUGCGGCUGCACGUGCAGAGGUUCAGCGACACACAGAUCGAGUUCGCCGCGCGCAUCUGUGUCGACGAGCUGGAGGGCGACGAGGCGGACCGUCCGAUGCGCUUCAUCUGGCCGUACCUGGCGGUGUCGCUCAAGCAGGCUCUUCACGUGCUCUCGGAGCAUCCACAUCUACAGUACUCGGUCAGUUGCACUUCACGUCUUCUCGCCACAUUUAGAUUCUUUCUUGCAGAUCUCGUUCGUGCCGUUCGGAUCGAUCUUCUUCAAGUCGCCAGAGAUCGAGGCGCGCGUGUUCGACGCGACAGUCUUCUGCGCGACGGCGCUCAAGUACGAGAAGGUCGGAUUCCGCGUGGGCGAAGCCAUCCACCACGUCGACAUCGGCCACGUGUUUCCCGAUGGAACGUAUCCCUCGCUGCCACGUCUUCUUUCGAUGAAUCCUCCGUCGCCUCGCUUGUCCCGUCCGGAGUCUGUCAAUGACUCCAUUUCGCCCUCUCUCAUGUCCGAGCCGCCGACUCCGGGCGGUCUGGCGGCUCCGCACAAUCGGGGAAGAAGAGUGUCUUUCGGUAAGCGACCAGGAGACGAACUUCCACGUUCUCCCGAUUGUUUUGCAGGCACGAUAAAGUUGAUGUCGGAUGCGCCGACGACUCCGGAGAUUCCGAUCCUCAACGGAAAUGACGAGGAGGCGAAGACGGUGGACGCCUUCAUCGACAAAAUGCUUCAGCAGACGAUGGAUCAGUUGGCUGUCUGA